AUGGCCAGUCUAAUUGCUAUACUCGAUCUCAAGGGAAAACCCCUCAUCCAGCGCUCGUACAAGGACGAUGUGUCGCCGUCACACAUUGAGCGCUUUCUCCCGCUCGUGCUCGACAUCGAGGAGGAAGGGCAGCAGGUCACGCCGUGUUUCUCGAGUCAGGGCAUCAACUAUAUGCAUAUACGGCACUCGAACCUCUAUCUGCUGGCGCUGUCGAAACGGAACUCGAACGCGGCAGAGAUUAUCAUCUUUCUGCACCGGCUGACGCAGGUGCUGGUCGAGUACUUCAAGGAGCUCGAGGAGGAGAGUAUACGGGAUAAUUUUGUGAUUAUCUAUGAGCUUAUGGAUGAGAUGAUGGAUUUUGGGUAUCCGCAGACGACGGAGAGCAAGAUAUUGCAGGAGUACAUUACGCAGGAGAGUCAUAAGCUGGAGAUUCAGGUGCGCCCGCCGAUGGCGGUGACGAACGCGGUGUCGUGGCGGACGGAGGGGAUCAGGUAUAGGAAGAACGAGGUGUUCUUGGAUGUAGUUGAGAGUGUCAAUCUGCUGGUCAAUGCGAACGGGAACGUGGUGCGGUCGGAGAUCCUGGGCGCGGUCAAGAUGAAGUGUUAUCUGAGUGGCAUGCCGGAGCUGCGGUUAGGGUUGAACGAUAAGGUCAUGUUCGAGAGUACGGGUCGCACAUCGCGGGGCAAGGCUAUCGAGAUGGAGGACGUCAAGUUCCACCAGUGCGUUCGGCUGUCGCGGUUCGAGAACGACCGUACCAUCUCCUUUAUCCCGCCCGACGGCGAGUUCGAGCUCAUGUCCUAUCGCCUUUCGACGCCCGUCAAGCCGCUUAUAUGGGUCGAGGCUGCCGUGGAGAGCCACAAGGGCAGCCGCGUCGAGUAUAUGGUCAAGUGCAAGGCCCAAUUCAAGCGGCGGAGCACGGCGAAUAAUGUGGAGAUAUAUGUGCCUGUGCCGGACGAUGCGGAUAGUCCAAAGUUCAGGGCUUCGACGGGUAGCGUGCAGUAUGCACCCGACAAGUCGGCGUUCAUCUGGAAGAUCAAGCAGCUCGGCGGAGGGAGAGAGUACCUCAUGCGCGCUCACUUUGGGUUACCGAGUGUUAAAAAUGGUGAUGUGGACAAGCGGGCUCCGAUCAGCGUGAAGUUUGAGAUUCCGUACUUCACCGUGUCUGGCAUCCAGGUGCGGUAUCUCAAGAUCGUGGAGAAGAGCGGGUAUCAGGCGCUGCCGUGGGUGAGGUACAUAACACAAAAUGGGGAUGACUAUAGCCUUCGUACGGCUCUCGAGAAAGGGAACGCGCCUAUAGCACCUAUGUAG